CUUAGUAUCACCGCCGUCUUGUGGUAUUUUCAUUGCGCCGAAAAACGGUCGCACCAAAAUGACAGCUCCGGCCACAUCGAAAAAGUCGUCGUCAUUCGUCGGAAUCAUUCGAACUUUGAAAAUGGAUCGGUAGCUGGGAAGGAAAUUUAAAGCGAAAUACGCAAAGAAAACGGCUUUUGUCCGCUAUUCAGCGAUUUUUUUUGUGUUGUAAUCAGCAGAGGAAAUUUUAACGACCAACUCCACCGCCACACUAGCCACUUCCAGCAGCCCCAAAAAAUAAAAUAGAACUACCUUUGCACCACCACCACCACUACUACAGCCAUCUCAACUACAACUACAACAACAGCAGCAGCACAGCAACAGCAAUAGCACUACUGCACAGCCAAGCCCACAAAGAGAGAAGGUGAAACGCAAAACAACAAAAAAUACACAAAGUAGCGCAGAAAAUAAAAUCAAUUCAGAUAUCCGAAAAAAAGCGGUGCAAAUAGAUAAACCCCAUUUUUUGCUUGAGCUUUUUUCGCCUGUGUGAUGAGAGAAAUCAGCAGCAGUCAUCGAUUACAACAACAGCAACACCAACGACGACUCAACCACCAAACUUGACCGAACAAGAAUAAAUAAACGUACGAUAGCGAUUGAGAGAGAGAGAGGUGCAUCUGCAGCAGAAUUAAAUCAGUUUUUUCAGCAACCGCCGCAUUUCUUGGCAAUUGGAUUAAAAACUAGAGGAGAACAAAAACGGAAAACAAAAAACAUCCCAUAGGCGGCCACCAUUUUGAAUGAGCUGAACAAGAAGAGAGGGAAAGAGAGAAAGAGCGAGAAACUGCUGCUCAUUUGUUGCACUACGCACUGCAGCUGGCCGCGGCGUAACCGUAAACCCUUUUCCAGCUUGGAAGCACUCUGCCUAUCUCCCUCUAAUCGCGUCCAGGAGCACCGUACAGUCCACCAGCAACAACAUGGUGGAGCAGGAGGAGCACAAGUCUGGGACAGCUGCCUCUGCCGCAAAUGCAAGCAACAACAACCACCCCCGUAGAUCUGGGGACAGCGGCAUCCGGAGUGGCAGCGGCAUUUCGUGCAGCAACACGGACAACAGCUGCAGCCAGAGUCAAUCAGACGGACAGAAUGAGCUGACGCGCUACAGUAGCGAGGAUGUCUCGGGCAAUGAGUCUAGUGAGGCGCCCAACAUGACCGAGUUGGAGCGCCAGGCGGAGCUUAACAGGCACAAGGAGGAGAUGCAGAAGAAGCGGCGCAAGAAACGCAUCAGCUCCUCCCUACAUUCGUCAACCUUUCAGGAGCUGUACAAGCUGACUGGCGAGAUUCUCGGCGAGGGAGCCUACGCAUCGGUGCAAACUUGCGUUAACAUCUACACCGAUCUGGAGUACGCCGUGAAGGUGAUCGAUAAGAUACCGGGACAUGCGCGUGCACGUGUCUUUCGCGAAGUGGAGACAUUCCAUCACUGCCAGGGCCAUUUGGGCAUCUUGCAACUGAUCGAAUUUUUCGAGGAUGACGAAAAGUUCUACCUGGUAUUCGAGAAGAUCAACGGUGGUCCAUUGCUUACGCGCAUACAGGAGCACAUUUGCUUCUCCGAGCACGAGGCUUCGCAGAUAAUCAAGGAGAUCGCCUCCGGACUGGAUUUUUUGCACAAGAAGGGCAUUGCCCAUCGUGAUCUCAAGCCGGAGAAUAUUCUGUGUGUCAAGACGGAUUCGCUGUGCCCAAUCAAGAUCUGCGACUUUGAUUUGGGUUCGGGGAUUAAGUUUACGACGGACAUCUCGUCGCCAGCAGCCACUCCCCAGUUAUUGACACCAGUUGGCAGUGCCGAGUUCAUGGCUCCGGAAGUGGUCGAUUUGUUUGUGGGCGAAGCACACUAUUACGACAAGAGGUGCGAUUUGUGGUCCCUGGGAGUCAUUGCUUACAUCUUGCUCUGCGGCUAUCCGCCAUUUUCGGGCAACUGUGGUGAGGAUUGCGGCUGGAAUCGCGGUGAAAACUGUCGCACGUGCCAGGAGCUGCUUUUCGAGUCCAUUCAAGAAGGACACUUUUCCUUCCCUGAGGCCGAGUGGCACGAUGUCAGCGAUGAGGCCAAGGACCUAAUUUCUAACCUGCUCGUCAAGCAGGCUGCAAAUCGCCUCAGUGCCGAGGCAGUGUUGAAUCACCCCUGGAUUCGUAUGUCCGAGCACGAGCCACCGACCAGCAAGCAUGCCAGGCGCCACAAGGCUCUGCAAACUCCCAGUAACAUCCGACGCAAUCACCAGUCGGCAAGGGAAAUCUCGCAGUUUGCCGAAUCUGCCAUGGCCGUCAAACGUGUGGUCCUACAGCAUUUCUCGAUGCGCUACGAUUACAUGAAAGAGCGUCCCAACAUCUACCAGCCAUCGCAGGCCUACAUGGAUGCCUAUAGCGAUGAAAACUACAAUCCGAAGCCGCCGGGUCAUUACACUCGCAAUCGCUCGCAGCGCAAUCCCGCUGCCUCGUUGUGCAGCUAUGGAGGGCGUAUGUCCUCAAUGCACGGCCAGCGGGCUAGCAGCCGUCAGUCCUCCCGAAAUGCCUCUCGCAAUGCUUCUGCAAUUUAUCCGAACAGCGGGGGCUUCAAGACCUUGAACGUUCAUGAGGAAGAUGACGACGAUGAAGCUCUGGAGGCUUUUGGCCGCAUCGACGAUGAUGAUGACGAUGAGUGGGCGAGGUCAACGAGGGAAUAUCAGCAGCGGCGUGAGAUGCAACAGCGGCAGGAGGCGCUGAGCGAGGAUCGCUAUAGGCGUCAGAGCGGAAGCGAGGGCGACGAUGUGGAAGAUGAGGACGAUGGAGAGAAUGAGGACUAUCAGCACUAUAAGCAUUAUUGGCGCGAAUUGGACGAGGAUGAGGGCGACGACUAUUUGUAUGAACAGCAGCAGCGCGUCGAUGACAUAGUCGAGGAGGAGGAGUUCGAGGAUGAACCAAAGGAGGAAACUCAAGCUGACAAUCUAAAGCUAUCGAAAGCUUACGUGGAGCAAGUUGGCGAGACCAAUGUGGAGAAAUCGAAGCCACAGGACGAUAACGGUGGGUAUAUAAGGGAUGACCUUAUUAUGGAUAUAAUGGAUAUGGAGGAAAAAACUCAGCAAAGCGAAUUUGCUAAGCUCACCAUAAUGCGCAAAGAUGCGCAGAAGGAGGAGAAUGGAAUAAUGCAGCAGCAGGGUGAGAAGAAGGAGGAAAAACAGCAGGAUGAUGUUGAUGGGGCUAAGAAGCAAGGACCAUCAAGUGAUAUUAGUGCUACUACCAUCACCGAUAAUAACAAGCAGCAAACACCAGUUAUGACUACAACACACAUUAACAACUGGCAAACUGGCGAUGCAAUUGAAGAUGAUGAUGUUAAACUAUUGGAUAGUAUUAGUGAUUUAAAUGAAAAGCUACCUGAAAUUUAUGAGACUGCAAAUAUUGUUGUCAACUCAGCGGCAGUGCCAGCAGCAUCGACACCAGCAGCAUCAGCAACACGCCCACCAACCGAUAUCCCAGAGGAAGAUGAUUCAAACGUGAUCAAAACGACGUCUGCUGCUGAGGGGACAACAAAGCGAACGACUUUUGGCCAGGCAGCUGAAGAGGGGAAGCCUGUAGCCCUAUCCCACACCGCGGGCCAGCACAGCAAGGCCGGCCGCACUGUUAACUUUGCCCCCGAUGCAUAUCAGAACGACGAGGAUGCCGAUAUCGACGAGGACGACGACUACGAUGACGAUGAGGAGGAAGAUAUGCACGAGCACAGCAAGCAACAGCUGCCUUCCAAUGCCUACACUCGGAAGCAGCGACAGCAGCACCAGCGGUACAUUGUGCCACGCUACCAGCCUGCAGAUCACGUUCCUCAGGCGCAGCACACCGAAAACUGGCGUUAUCGCACCCAUCACUCGCAGGAACAGCAGCCGACAGCGGACUAUCGCAAGUAUCGCCCGCCGUUUAGCACCGGAGGCGGAGGUGGCCACCAUGGCAACCAGCAGCGUAAUUACUUGGGGAGCUUCUCGCACAGCGGCGGUGCCGCUGGUUACAAGAUUGCUCCAAUGCCGCCACCAAUGCAGCCGCCUCCGCGGCACAACAGCGCCGGAAGCAGUGGCAGUGGCAGCGGCAGCGGCGGAUCUCCGCCAUCUGAUGAGCAGUCGACCAUUCGCAACUGGCGUCAGGAUUGUGUUUACGCCCGCAGUUGCGGCAUGAACCAGGGGCCGGAACAGCAGCGGCACAACCGUUCGUCGGGCCAGCGCGUCCAGCAGCAACCGCGGAUUGGCAGUGGACGCUUCGCCCACCUGCAAGCGUCCCAAUUGAUGGGUGAGCUGCCUGAUAUGAGGAUCGGCCUUUCGCCGCCCAGCGAGAGUGUGCUGCUCCAAAGGCGCUUGCGCCAGCAACAACGGGCCAACGAUUUGUCCGAGUACUGCGAGCCGGCAACCGCCAGUGGUUAAGCCAAGCC